AUGUCACCAUUCAUCAAGACGUGGUCCUUGACAGUCGUUCUAAUAGCAGGAGCACUUGUCCCCAGAGGUGCUUUUGCGCAGGUCUCCAAUGCGACAUGCCUGUCCUCCUAUAGCUGGAUGAACAACUCACUCGGGCAGGAUCCUUGCGUGGUUGCUUCUUACCUCGAGAGUGUCUGCUCGGGUGGAGCUUUUGAAGUAAUUGCUUUGCUUCCCGGUGACUUUUAUGAAGGUCCCUCGGUCGUUCUAGCAAACUCUUGCGAAUGUAGUACAGUGACCUACUCGUUGAUUAGCGCUUGCGGCGACUGCCAGAACGCCACAUUUUUGAACUGGUCUGGCUGGAGCUACAAUUGCUCCCAGGUAUUCUCCCAAGUGUUAGUCUCCAAGGUUGUUUAUAUUCCCCAAGCUUAUAAAAUCCACCUCGUCGACAGAUAUCCGCAUAACAUUCCCUCCGGCACUGUGGUUCCGAAUUGGGCAUACCUGAACGUGACCGCAGCUGGGUUCGAUCCCGUUGUAGCGCAAAGCGCUGGAGAUCUCCCGGAAUCCACCGCAACCAGCGUACAAUCUACUGGCUCGGUCACUUAUUCGAACAGUGUGUCUGCUUCUUUGACCAGUUCUUCGGGUGCAGCCACAGGAUCUUCGACGACAUCAUCAAAAAGUAACGUUGGAGCUAUAGCUGGGGGUAUUGUUGGUGGAAUUGUGGGAGCUGCAGUCGUCAUUAGUCUUGCGACAUGGUGCUUUGUCAAACGCCGUCGCUCCUCCACAACGCCAUUCAGCGAUAAUGACGGAGGUCCAGGCUACACUCAAAGUUAUUACUCCGCUAACCCUGAUUCAUUCCAAGGGCAACCCCAAAUGACGCAGCAACCACGUCUCUACGACCCCUCUGACCCGAGCACUUUCCCAGAUUCUCUUUCCUCCCCCACCAUUACCUCAUCUAGCAACAUGUACCAACACCCAUCCAUACCCCCACAUGUCUUUUCCGAACAGCCGCGUCCUGGACAGUACGCUGGCGCUCCGGAGGUCUAA